AUGUCCGAGUUCUCUCCCAAGUACCAGAAACUCUGGUCCUCAGGCAAACUCGUCCACGUCAUUGCGAGGCCUUCAACACGGCCACCUGCAUCACCAGACCGUCCCCGUGCGAUACACCAGUUCUUUGAACUCCCUCCUGGAGCUUUCUUCUCUUCUAGAAUUAUGUCUGUCUUUGAUUUGACCAUCCAGGCCCUUGCCAAGUAUUGCGAAAUGCAAGAGAAAGAUCGCGAUGUAUACUUCAACAGCACAAAGCGGGCCAGCCUUCCUAUAGCUCAAGCAAAGACAGACCUGCAAAAGCACCAUGAAAAGGAGAAAUCGACAGCUACCAUACAUCUCAGGCGAGUUCAGGGUAUGGAAAAUGGCUCGCUGCGCAACGAGUACACUCGUCUUGAAUUACGCCCGGAUAAUACUUUCCAAAUUCAAGGUGAUCGAAACACUGGCCAUAGCUCACAAUACACCAAGGAAAUCCGUCUUGAACUAUCCCGAGACCGCGUUGACGAUGGUGGUCUGAUCCAACAUGCUAAUAGUAGCCCAGUUGAUGGCGAAUGCAUAAACUAUGAAUUGGCUCGAAAUAGCAGUCUCAAAGCUCCAAGCUACCAUAAUACUCAUGAUCUCUCAUCCAAUAGCGAGCAGGCUGGCCUAAAACCACUCCAAGACCACGAAUUCAAGCUCGACCACAACCAAAAUACCAGCGAUGGCAGCGAUGGCGGCGAUGGCAGGCGACAUAAUAAGAACGUAUCCCCCAAAGUACAAGACACUGGCAAUAGUACUCCCUCCAAAGCAUGUAAUCCUAUCAGGCUUUCUCAGGACAACUGUCUCGGAGCCCAUCAUGGCAAGAAACUGCGUCUUAGGGAUUUGAUCAUGCCAAUUCUUGAGUUAGAUUGGUAUACGUCUACAUAUAUUCCAUAUAUGCUGUACUCGCCUUCAAGUGGACCCAGCUUCGCAGAGCUGCUAAGCCAUAGCCAAAGCGAGAACGACGAGCCUCGUGCUCUUGCGCCUGAAACUGUCCGCCCAGAGAAGAAAGCGAGGAAGCGCCUUCAGAAAAUUAGGAGCUUUUACCAUCACUUGGAUUCUUCGAACGAGUCAUUCGUCUGUUCACGAGCUCGGGAAGUUGAGAACAGCGAACGAUGA